AUGGCUACUGAACAUAUGUUGGGAGCUGAAGAAGAUGAUGUUCAGUUCAUGCGAACGGAAGAUCAUCUAUGUCUAAGUUGUGUGCCUGUAUCAGGUGUAAAACGUAUGGCUCUAUCAGGCGAAGUAUUCGGAAAUAGAAUGUGUCAUCUUGAAGAUAUAUCAAAUGAGGUUUGUUGUCCUGAUUUGGCAUCGUGCAUUUUUGUACUGGAACAAGCCGUAUCAGUUCGAGCUUUACAAGAAAUGGUGAAUACAACUUCAGCCGAACAGUCAUCUGCAAGUCAAGGAGGACAAACAACAUUUCGAACAUUAUUAUACGGUCAUGCUGUUCUUCUUCGGCAUUAUCACAGUCAAAUGUACUUGAGUUGUUUAUCGACAAGUACAUCAAAUGACAAGCUCGCUUUUGAUGUAGGCUUAAAAGAAGAUGCGCAAGGCGAAUCUUGUUGGUGGACUAUUCAUCCAGCAUCAAAGCAAAGAAGUGAAGGCGAAAAAGUGCGCUUCAACGAUGAUGUCAUAUUGGUUUCAGUUUUCUCCGAACGAUAUCUUCAUGCGUACAUGUCAUUAAAUGAGCUUGGACGAGUUAAUGCAUCAUUUCGACAACAAGUCUGGAGUCUUGUACCUAUAUCAAGUGGUGUAGCACGUGUAAAAAAUCCCGGAUUUGUCAUUGGUGGCGAUGUCAUACGGUUAAUGCAUGGAAAUAUGGAUCAUUGUAUCACAACGCCUCCGCCAGAUUCUCAAGUUAUUGAUGAUUCUGGAAGAUGGUACAGUGGUUUUGUUGGUUGGAGUUCAUUGGUUCGCCUUCGACAUGUUACCUCAGGUCUUUAUUUAGCUGUUGUUGGUGAUGAAAAUGGUCCAAAAGUAACAUGCAUAUCGAAGAAGAAUGCAAGCGCUAUUGCCGUAACAUUCGAAAUGAAAAUGUCGAAAGAAAAACAAACUGAAGAAGCAGCAGAACAAGAAAAUUUAGGUGCGCCAACCAUAAAAUAUGGAGAUACAAUUGUUUUUAUACGUCAUGUUGAUUCUGAUCUUUGGAUUAGUUAUGAAACACUGGAAUUAACAAUAAAAGGAAUAGGCAAAGUGGAAGAAAAACGAAUUAUUCCAGUUGUUGAGGGUCAUAUGGAUGAUUGUUUUCGUCUUGUACGAGCACAAGAACAAGAACAAAAAACUGCUUUAGUUAUUCGAAUAUGUAAUUCUAUUCUUGGAAGAUUUAAUCGAACAGACCCGAUGUCAAUGGAUGCAGAAGCCGUAAAUCAUUUAUUAAGUAAAAGCGAUGUGGUUCAAGCUUUAUUGCAAGAUUUAAUUGGAUUUUUUUCUCAACCAUCAUUAUCACUUGAUCAUGAAGAAAGACAAUUACGUCUUAAAGCAUUACGAAAUCGACAAGAUUUAUUUCAAGAAGAAGGAAUGAUUCGAAUAUUAAUAGCAGCAAUAAAUUUCUUCAGUGAACGCCGUGAGAAAACAUUAUUAUUAGAAGGUGUCGAAGAAAAAAUAGAGAGUAUUACUAAUAAACUUUACGUUGUCUUGGCUGCAUUAAUCAAAGGCAAUCGAGCUAAUUGUUCGAAUUUUGCACAAACUGCUCGACUCAAUUGGCUUGUUAAUCGUUUACAAUCACAGCAUGCAUCUGGCGGAGUACUAGAGGUUCUUCACAGUGUAUUAGUUGAUAGCCCCGAAGUAUUAAAUAUGAUAACAGAAUCGCAUAUACUUGCUAUUAUCGGAUUGCUCGAUCGAAAUGGCCGAGAUCCAAAAGUACUGGAUGUACUUUGCUCAUUAUGUGUUAAUAAUGGUGUAGCUGUUCGCGCCAAUCAAAAUCUUAUCUGUGAAAAUAUAUUGCAAAGACGAGAUCUGCUUUUGCAAACUGCAUUGGUUGAUCAUGUUGCAUGUAUGCGUCCAAAUAUUCUUGUUGGAGUUGAAGAUGGCGAAUCAAUGUAUAGAAAAUGGUAUUUCGAAGUAGUUAUUGAUCAUAUUGAACAAGUAACACAUGUUCAACCACAUAUUCGUAUUGGUUGGGCGACCACACAUUUUCAACCAUCACCUGGCCACGGCGAUGGAUUCUCAUCGAACGGUAUUGGUGAUAAUACGUAUUCAUAUGGGUUCGAUGGUCAAAAUGUUUGGUUUGCUGGACGUGCCUAUGAUGUAUCGAAUCGAGUUGUUACAGCAGCCGAUAAUAUGCAACAUAUUGGCUUUAAAAAAAACGAUGUUAUUGGUUGUCUAUUAGAUUUAAAUAUACCUGAAAUGUGGUUUUCACUAAAUGGUUUACCGGUUAAAGGUCUUCUAAGAGAAUUUAAUUUAACUGGAAUGUUCUUUCCAGCUAUAUCGUUAUCGUCUCGUGUUAGUUGCCGAUUUAUCUUCGGUGGUGAACAUGGUCGCUUUAUUCAUCGACCACCUGAAGGUGCUGCACCACUAUUUGAAGCUAUGCUAGCAAAGCAAAAAAUUUCUAUUGAACCCUGUUUUUCGUUUGGGAACAUCGAGCGGAGUCGUCUCGAUGGGCCAUCACAUUUUCAACAUCAUAUUGGGUUUACUCCACAACCCGUACGAACGAAUCAUAUUGUGUUACCAGCACAUCUGGAAAGUGUUCGCGAUCGAUUAGCUGAAAACAUUCAUGAAUUAUGGUCAAUGAAUAAAAUUGCAAGUGGUUGGCGAUUUGGUGAACAUCGAGAUGAUGCACAAAAAGUUCACUCAUGUCUAACAUCAUUUGAUCGUCUUCCAAUAACUGAAAAACAAUAUCAUAUAACAACAGCCAUGGAAAAUUUAAAGAGUUUAAUUGCACUUGGCUAUCAUGUUGGUGUGGAGAUUAAACCCGAUGAUCGUCGAUUAAAAUAUGUUAAAUUACCAAAUACAUAUACUCAAUCGAAUGGCUAUAAACCACAACCAUUAGAUUUAUCGAGUAUUGUUUUAUUAACAAAACUAGAAGAAUUAAUUGAAACAUUAGCUGAAAAUACUCAUAAUGUUUGGGCAGCCGGUAGAAUCAAAGAUGGGUUUACAUAUGGAAUAUCUGAUAAUCCACGUCAAAAGCGAAGUCCACAUUUAGUUCCCUAUGCCAUUGUUGAUGAUAGUAUUAAAAAGAUAAAUCGCGAUGCAGCAAGCGAAACAGUUAGGACUCUUCUCGCUUACGGUUAUACAAUCGAUACGCCAACAGGCGACGCUGAAGAUCUUAAUCGACGUAAUAGAGAAGCAAUUAAUUCAGCCAAUAGUGAACGCAUAUCAAAUUAUCGAACAUAUCGAGCUGAACAAACAUUCGCUGUAACACGUGGAAAAUGGUAUUAUGAAGUUGAGUUAUUAACACCGGGUCGAAUGUUAAUUGGAUGGGGACAUGCGUCCAAACUCGAUGCUUACUAUCCACUCGGAACAGAUUCGUAUGGUUAUUCGUUUGAUGGUUUUCAUGCACGACGUUUUCAUCAUAAUGUAUUUGAUGGUUUCGGUAAACAAUGGUCGAAAAAUGAUGUCGUCGGUUGCAUGAUUGAUUUACAUGAUAAAACCGUUAGUUUUUCAUUAAAUGGAGAAUUAAUGUUGGAUAAUAUUGGUAAUGAAACGGCAUUUGAAGGAUUAGAAGUCGAUGAUAUUGGUUUCGUGCCAGUAUUAACAUCGUUUAGUGGACAAAAAGCUCGACUAAAUUUUGGACAAGAUGUUAAUUCAUUAAAAUAUUUCACAUCCUGUGGUUUACAAGAAGGAUAUGAACCAUUUUGUGUAAAUAUGUCAAGAAGUUUAACAUUUUGGUAUUCAAAUUUUAUUCCUCGUUUUGAAUCCGUGAAAUCAUUUUCACGAUCAUUUGAAAUUGUUCGUGUUGGUGCAAGUCGUGAUAAUCCACCAUUAAUAAAACUUCAAUCAAGAUUGUUUGGUACAUUAGAAAAAGUUGAAUUUGAAUUUCUUCGUUUAUCAUUGCCUCUAUGUUGCCAUGAUAAGUUUACGCCAAAGCACGUCACGCUUGAACGAAGACAAAUGGCAUUGCAUGAAUAUAUUGAAUCGCAAGAAGAAAAACGUACUUUUCAAUUUCCUCCAACAUCCCUGCCAGGCGUUCGAGGGAAAGCUUUAUCAUCGGGGGCGAGCGAUACAAUCGAUUCACAUUUAACAACUCAAACAGAAACGAAUUCAAAUUUUCUCUCGCCGGAUUCAAUCACAAAUAAAACUACACGUAAUCCAACAAAUCUACUAGUUAAAUUUCGUGAUCAGGCAUCAUUCAAAAAAUUGCCACCACCAUCGGCACCAUCAACACCGAAUUUAAACGGAAGUCUUCAACCACAUUUAACAAAUGGUACAUCACUCAACGAAUCCAUUGAUCGUUUAAAUAAAACAAAUAUGAAACAAUCAACAAGUAAAUUAAAUAACUUCUUACACCGUUUCUCAAAAGAGCCAGCACAGCCGGGUGACCCAAAUACAAAAGUUACGAAGCGUACUGUUAAAUUAAGUGGAAAUAGUACAACAAGCACAAACACAAAUUCUCAAACGCAACCACAAUCCGUUCUAAAAGUUCCUACAAUCAAUGCACCAUCACCAGCAACAACUACAACAGGAGCCACAAAACGAACAAGUCACAUAAUCGGAAGAAAAUCCACUGGCGAUCCAGAGGUAGAAUAUAAUGAUCACCAAGGAAACGAAUUUGAACAUGACGAAAUCCGUGCUAUUAAUGAGCAUGUCCAUGAAUAUUAUUAUGCUGUUAGAGUACUUCCUGGACAAAAUCUUCGAUCAGUAUACAUUGGAUGGGUUGCAUCGAGAUUCAAACCUAUUUUACAAUACGAAAAUCUUGUAGAUGAUACAACGACAUCAGCUAAUAAACUAGCGAAAUUCAUUCGUCGUUGUACAAUAACGCAAACAGGCGAAGAUGGUUCAAUCAUUGAAAGUGUUAUCAGACAAGAUGCUUAUUUAUUUUGUGCAGCUGAUUUAUUAGAUAAUAUGCCGGAUCAUGAAGCUGUUGCAAGACGUGUUGCUAAUGGGUUAUUAAUUGGAUGUUUAUGUGAUAUAUCAACUGGCCGAUUGACAUUUUAUGUUAAUGGAAAAGAAUCAGCACAGACACUUGAUGCUGAGCCAGCUACAAAACUUUAUCCAGCUGUAUUUCUCGAGCCAACUGUAAAAGAAGCGAUACAAUUCGAAUUAGGCCGUAUGAAGGGUUGUUUACCGUUAACUGCUGCUCUAUUUCCAAGUUUAAAUCGUGAAGAACGUUUCCUUCCACAAUUACCAUCACGUUUAAGUGUACAAUCACUUGUUCAUUGCCAUUGGUCUCGUGUGCCGAUUGCAAAUUUACGUUGUCAACAAUUGAAAUUAUCUGAUGUUCGUGGAUGGAGUGUUUUUGUUGAAGAUCCUGUUCAAAUGCAAGCAGUCUACGUUCCAGAGGAUGAUCGGUGUACGGAUAUUUUAAGUUUAGUGGAAGACGAAGAUAAUCUAGAUUUUUGUUCGAAUACAUUAACACUCUAUAAUGCUAUUUGCGCUCAAGGUAACAAUCGUGUUGCACAUGAAAUAUGCAAACUAGUUGAUGAAAAACAACUUAUGUAUUGUGUUAAAAAUCCCUAUUUAUGCGGACCUAUUCGUAUUGGUAUUCAUAAUUUACUCAUUGCUUUACAUUUCGAACCACAUAUUAAAGCUCGAAGUUUAACUUCACACGAAUUUAUAAUUCCAUUAUCAACGCAUCUUCGAAAUAAUCUUCUAUUACGCUCACACAAUUCAGUUGAACAACACAACUAUUAUGCAACAACAAGUUAUAUACCAUCGAUGGAAACUUUCCUGGCUGUACGACCGAAAUUAAUCAAAGAAGAAGAUUUUAAAAUUGAACGUGAAAGAAAAUUACUUGUCCCGCCACCGUUUAAUGUCACAUGUCUAAAAGAAUAUGUAAUGAAUUCAUUGAUAGAUGCAAUUGAAAAAAGUUCUCGUCAUCUUCGAGAUCCUGUUGGUGGGUCGUACGCUAAUUGGCUUGUGCCCUUACUUCAAUUAGUCGAUGCUCUUCUUGUCAUGGGAUCACUGGAAGUGAAUGAUAUUCAACAAUUGUUACGUUUAAUUGAUCCAACAUCAUUUGGAUUCGAUACGGAUAAAGAUUUCGACGAAGGCUUACUUCAAAUGAGAUUAGAUGAACCAGUUAAACUUCAAUUAUGUUUUGUUCUACAACAUUUAUGUAAUUAUCAACUACAAUAUCGUAUUGAAGGCAUUAUUGCAUUUUCAGAAGAAUUCGUUGGGCGAUUACAAUCAGAUCAAAAGCGACGCUAUAAUGUAUUAAAAGAAUCCAGUUUACCACCAGCAUUAAUGGCAAAGAAGACUCGAGAAUUUCGUUGUCCACCAAAAGAUCAAAUGCAAGCUUUAAUGGAUUUUAAACAGGACUCGUCCGAAUCAGCUUUUAGCAAUGAGGACAUGCAAGAAGAAAUAAAAGAUAUGUUGAAAAAUUUUCAUGCCAAUAUCCUUAUUCUACAGCAAGUUCUUGAGCCAAAUAAUGAUCUUCUUAAAAUAUCAAAUGUACCUAAAGUAAAUGAAUUAGACCGCAAUGAACAAAUAUCAUUAUUUUCACGUCUACUUGAAAUUGUCAUUCGACAUGCAAUUAAAAGAAAACAUGAAGAGAAAAUCAUUGCUAAUGCCGACAGACGAUUAGCAUUGAGACCAGGAAAAACUCUUUGUGAAGUUAUUAAAGUCACUGUUAUUAAAUGGGGUCGAUUAACACAUAUCAAUGAUCCACAUUUAAUCAGAGAAAUGUUCAACUUAAUUUAUACUCAAUAUGAUGGAAUUGGCGAGGUUUCUCGAUGUCUCGAACGAACUUAUAUAAUCAAUGAAAAGUCAGUGCCCGAUAUAACAUUAUUACUACGAAAAUUAAGCAUUGUUCGUGCUCUUCUAACUGUUCAAAUGGAUGCUGAUGAAGAAGAGAUUAUGAUUGCAUCUUUGAAUGAUAUCAUGGAUAAUCGCGUGUUUUAUCAACAUCCAGAUUUGAUGCGCUCACUCUGCGUACACGAAACUGUUAUGGCGAUUAUGGUUAACCGUUUAAAUAAAAGUAAACAAGAACAAACAUCAAUGUCAUCAGUGCAUGAUAUGGAUGGUCUUGCGCAAACCAAUGAAAGUGGAGAAAAUCCAGAAGCUCAUCUACCUAAAGAAGAUAAAGUUGAAUUGGUAACGACUUGUUGCAAAUUUUUAUCCUAUUUUUGUCGUACAUCGCGUCAUAAUCAACGAGCUAUGUUUGAACAUUUAAGUUAUUUAUUAGAAAAUAGUUCAAUGUUACUUUCACGUCCAUCUCUACGUGGUUCAGCGCCAUUAGAUGUCGCUUCAGCUAGUGUUAUGGAUAAUAAUGAAUUAGCACUAGCUUUACGUGAAUCACAUUUAGAAAAAAUUGCCUCGUAUUUAUCACGUUGUGGUACAACAAGAAAUGAAGAAUUAUUUCUUCAAGGUUAUCAUGAUAUUGGUUGGGAUCCGGUCGAUGGAGAACGAUUUCUUGAUUUUUUGAAAUUUUGUGUUUGGGUUAAUGGUGAUACGGUCGAAGAAAAUGCUGAUCUAGUUGUACGUCUUCUUAUUCGUCGUCCGGAUUGUUUAGGUCCGGCAUUGAGAGGUGAAGGUGGAGGUUUACUCAAAGCAAUACGUGAAGGUAUUGCACAAUCACUUUAUAUCGCUCGACGACAAAAUCCUGAUGAUCCUGUCAUACAAGCUGCUUAUCAAGAAAUAAUUGAUGAUGAAAGCAUGCACAAUUUAAAUGAAGAAUAUGAUCGUCUUCAAGUUCGUCUACCAUAUGAAGACGAUGAAGAAUAUAUCGAUUUAGGUGCAGCUGAAUUAUCAUUUUAUGCUAUUCUGGUUGAGUUGUUAGGCCGAUGUGCACCAUCAGAAGAAACAAUUAAAAUGGGAAAACCAAAUGCUAUUCGCGCUAAAUCAAUUCUUAAAAGUCUUGUUUCCAUGCAUGAUCUCGAAGGUGUUCUUGGUCUUAAAUUUCUCUUACCAAAUGAAAAUUCAAUGCCACCUGGCCUUCAGCCGGCACAUAAAAUGUCUAUAAUAUUAUUUCUUGAACGUGUCUAUGGCAUUCCAGAUCAAGAAACAUUCUUUCGCUUGAUUGAAGAUGCAUUUCUGCCCGAUAUUCGUUCAGCUACUAUUCUCGAUAUGGCCGCUAUAGCAGAAAGUGACAUGGCACUAGCAUUAAAUCGUUAUCUAUGUACUAGUGUUCUACCGUUGAUGACAGCUCAUUCACAUUAUUUUGAUGAUUGUGAUCAUCGAUCAUCACUUCUGGAAUCAAUUUUGCACACUGUUUAUCGUCUAUCGAAAUGUCGUUCAUUAACUAAAAAUCAGCUUGGUACUAUUUGUGAUUUUUUACUUGCAUUUGCCAACCAAUUGAAACCGUCAAUGAUGACACCACUAUUAAAAAAACUUGUUCAUGAUGUACCAGCAUUAACCGAUCAAACUAUUGUACCAUUAAGAAUGCUUACUCAAUGGUACGAACGAUGCAGUCGAUACUAUGGUCUCGCUGCUACAGAAGAAGAAAAACGUUUAACUAUGAUGUUGUUUCAAAAGAUUUUCGAUGCGCUUGCGUCUCGAGCUUAUGAUCCAGAAUUGUUUGGUAAAGCACUUCCAUGUUUAUCUGCUAUCGGCAGUGCAUUAUCACCUGAUUAUUCAUAUUCAAUAAAUCAAGAAGAUUCGCUGGACCAUGAACGAGAAAAAGUCGAAAUGUCACGUUCUUACGAACCGAAUCCAGUCGAUACAACAAGUGUUGUAUUGAGCGCAGAACUUGACGACUUUGUUAAAGCAUAUGCUGAAAGUGUUCAUGAUCAAUGGGCAUAUGCUAAAAUUGAGCAAGGUUGGGCUUACGGCGAACAAAUCAACGAUAAAUAUCGGCAACAUCCAAAUUUAAAAUCGUAUAAAUUACUUGAUCGAAAGGACACUACUAAACUAGAAGAUCCUAUUCGUGAAGCAUUAAAAUCUAUUGAAAAAUUACAAUUUCGCUUAGAAAAAACUGACGCUGGUAUGACACGUAUUGCAACGAAACCAGUUCAAAGGAAAAAACAAAAAGAUAAGAGUGCUCCUGAUUAUACGCCAAAAGCAAUGGAUUUCACAAGUGUUACAAUUAAUCGCGAGAUGCAGGACUUGUCUGAAGCUCUAGCACAAAAUGCACAUGAAAUUUGGGCGAGACAAAUGCGAAAUCGUCUUGCUGCUAUUGGCGGCGGCCUUCAUGCUCGACUCGUGCCAUAUGAUUUAUUAACUGAUAAAGAAAAACAAAAGGAUCUUAAAUUCUAUCAAGAUCUGGUUAAAUACUUGAAUAUCUUUGGUUAUCGUGCUGUCAGAAAAACUCGUGAAGAAGAAGCUGCCAAUGGUGUACUCGCUGCACUUAUUCCAGCAACACCAUCGUUAUCGUCGAACAGUGCAUCACAAACAAAUGAAAAACGUUUUGCAUAUAGUUUAUUGGAAAAAUUACUUGAGUAUGUCGAACGGGCCUCAUCUACCAUGCAUAAUUAUAAAGAAAGUUCGAAAUUUUCCUUACACGAAAGUUAUCGUUUAACAACAAAAGAUGUGAAGUUUUUCGGCAAAGUGGUUUUACCACUUGUUGAAAAAUAUUUUCAAGCACAUCGAGAUUAUUUCAUAACACCAUCGUCAUUAAAAACGGGCACCGGUUACGCAACAGUGAAAGAAAAAGAAAUGAGCUGUAGUCUUUUCUGUAAAUUAGCAUUUUUACUACGACAAAAAUUCAGUGCAUUCGGAAAUGAAGUUAACAUCUCGGUUCGUUGUCUUAAAGUUCUUGUACGAGCCAUUGAUGUUAGUUCGGUUAUGAAGAAUAGUCAAGAAAUGGUUCGUGCUUCAUUGUUGCCAUUGUUUAAUAAUAUUGCUGAAGAUCUCAAUCAAACUGUACAAAAUCUUGAACAAAAACGCUACAGCCAUAUUAAAGGAACUUUACAACGUGGUACAACUAGUCUUUCAUAUAUACAUAUGGUUCUUCUACCAGUACUUUCGUCCAUGCUUGAUCAUUUGGGAAAGAAUAAUUAUGGCGUUGAUGUUUUUGAAAAUGAAAUUCAAUUAGCUGGCUAUAAAAUUCUAAAUGCUCUCUGGAUUAUUGGUACCCAGGGAACAAAAUUUGUUGAUCGUGAAUGGAUUAUAGAAGAAUUACAUCGUCAUCGUCCAUUACUGGGCGAUUGUCUGAGUUCAUUUGCCUCUUGCUUUCCUAUAGCCUUUUUCGAGCCGGAAUUUAAUGGCAAUAAUAAAAAUGCAUCGAAUGUUUCACAAUUAUCACCUGAAGCGAGUGAUGUUAUGACAAAUAUCGCAAGAACAAUUCCUCAUUUAACAAAAGUUAUAUCAGAAAUUGAAGAACACGCUGAAUCGAAAGCAACAUAUGAAGAUGCACCGUUUGUUGUCGAAGUUAUUCUUCCAUGUGUUUGCUCUUACUUACCAUUCUGGUGGUCAGUAGGGCCACAAAAGAAUAAACAAUCAGCAGAACCAAAAGUCACCAAUGUAACAGUCGAGCAUAUGAAUUCGGUAUUGGGUAGUGUUUUGAAAUUAGUUAAUAAUAAUAUUGAUGCAAGUGAAGCACCGUGGAUGAAGCGUAUUGCCGUUUAUACCCAAGCAAUCAUUCUAAAUUCGUCUACAACUCUUUUGGAACCGUAUUUACUGCCCGUAUCGGAACGUUUAAAAAUAAAAUGCGAAGAUCUUUAUGCGCAAGAACAAGCAUUGAAACAUGCCACCCGUUUAGAAUCGUCGGAACGUGAAGAUCUUGAAUCAAAUUUAAUGAAAAAUUAUGAAAUUCUUGUUCGAGAUGUUUAUGCGUUUGGUCCAUUGCUAAUAAAAUAUGUCGAUAUUCAUCGAUCAUAUUGGCUUAAAAAUGGUGAUCUACAUGCUGAUCAUUUAUUUGCUAAUAUGGCGGUCGUAUUUUCAACUUGGUGCAGAUCAAAGUAUUUUAAACGUGAAGAAAUCAAUUUUGUAACGCAACAUGAAAUUGAUAAUACAAGUAUGUUAAUGCCAAGCGGCACAAACCAAACAACGAAUGCAACAGAUGCACCGAUAAAAACCUGUAGUGAUGAUUCAAGUGAUGGGGCAUUAAGUGGGAAAAUGAAACGAAAGAAACGCCGAUUGGAUAAAGAGAAAUUUACAUCAUUGAGCGUUGCUUGUAUUAAACGUUUAUUACCUAUUGGAAUGAAUACAUUUGGCGGACGAGAACAAGAACUUGUUCAGUUAGCUAAACAUAAAAUGAUUGAAAUGAAAAUCUCUCAUGAUGAAAAAAUUGAAAAUCCAACUGAAGAACAAAUGAUUCUCGAUUUAACAGGCGAUCAAGAAGAAAGUGUCGAAGAAUUUCUUCGUGAUAUUUUCUUUGCACAGGAACAGGGAGAAUUAGUCAAUAAGAAUAAUUGGCAAAGUGCUUUAUAUCGAAAGAUAGGCUCGAAAUCUCAUCAAACAGGUGUCGUUCAUUCACAAGAAUCUUCAAUGAAACAUAUGUUGAAAAUGGCUAAAGUUUUAUUUGGUUUGAAUUUUGUUGAUCAUCCGCCAACACAUCGACGUGGUACAUGGAGAAAACUUGUUUCAUCUCAACGUAAAAAAGCUAUUAUGGCUUGUUUUCGUAUGGCGCCAUUACAUUCUGUGCCAAGACAUCGAGCUAUGAAUAUGUUUUUACGUGCUUAUCGAGAAUUAUGGCUUGCAGCUGAAGACGAUGCACGCGCACGUUUAAUUGAACAUCUUUGUGAGGAACUUCAAGAAACAAAUGAUCAAGAGGGAGCAACGAUAAAAGAAGAAACAGAAACUGAAACCGAAAAUUUAACAUUAACAGCGACAGUCAAACCAGAUCCAUUACGACAAUUAUUACAAUGUUUAAAUCGAGCUGCAACAACUGCUCAGAUGUUUUCCAUUACAGAAGAUGUUAUUUAUUUGUCCUAUGCUGAUAUUAUGAGCAAAAGUUGUGUUAUUGAAGAGGACGAUGAUGAUAAUGGAACAGAAGAGGUCAAGUCUUUUCAGGAACAAGAAAUGGAAAAGCAAAAAUUACUUUACGAACAAAAUCGCUUAGCUAAUCGUGGUGCUGCUGAAACCGUAUUAUUAUACAUCAGCGCAAGCAAAGGUGAAAAUAAUGAAAUGCUUCAACGAACAUUACAACUUGGUAUAUCAUUAUUACAUGGUGGUAAUCGUGAAGUUCAAAAACGAAUGUUAGAUUAUUUAAAAGAAACAAAGGAUGUUGGAUGUUUUACAUCGUUAGCGACCUUAAUGGCCAAUUGUAGUGUACUUGAUCUCGAUACAUUUGAACGUAAUAUUAAAGCUGAAGUACUUGGUGUUGGUGCCGAUGGAAUGGCUGGCGAAAAAAAUUUACAUGAUGCUGAUUUUACUAUAUCAUUAUUUCGUUUUUGUCAACUUUUAUGUGAAGGGCAUAAUCUCGAAUUUCAAAAUUAUCUUCGUUCACAAACAGGAAGCAAUACAAAUGUCAAUAUUAUUAUUUGUACUGUUGACUACUUACUUAGUUUACAAGAGUCAUUAAUGGAUUUUUAUUGGCAUUAUUCAGGCAAAGAGACAGUGGAUGCACAUGGAAAAGAAAAUUUCUGUCGAGCUAUUAACGUUGCCAAACAAGUUUUCAAUACAUUAACUGAAUACAUUCAGGGUCCAUGUCCACAAAAUCAAUUGGCACUGGCAAACAGUCGAUUGUGGGAUGCAAUCGCAGGAUUUCUCUAUAUUUUUGCGCACAUGCAAAGAAAACUAUCUCAAGAUCCAUUACAAAUUGAAUUAUUACGUGAAUUAAUGAAAUUACAAAAAGACAUGAUUAUCAUGUUAUUAUCAAUGCUUGAAGGAAACGUUCUCAAUGGUCCAAUUGGUAAACAAAUGGUUGACACGUUGAUUGAAUCACAGGCGAAUGUUGAAUUAUUACUGCAAUUUUUUGAUAUAUUUCUAAAGAUGAAAGGUUUAACAACAUCGGAAGCUUUUCAAGAAUUCGAUACCAAUAAAGACGGAUUUAUUUCACCGAAAGAAUUUCGUCGAGCUAUGGAAGCACAAAAGAUGUAUACGAACCAAGAUAUUGAUUAUAUAUUGAUGUGUGUUGAUACGAAUCAAGACGGAAAAAUUGAUUUUAUGGAAUUCACAGAACGUUUUCAUAAUCCAGCGAAAGAUAUCGGCUUUAAUAUGGCUGUUCUAUUGACGAAUUUAUCUGAACAUAUGCCACAUGAUAUACGUUUACAACGUUUAAUGGAUAAAGCUAAAAGCUUUUUAUCCUACUUUCAAGAUUAUCUUGGUCGAAUUGAAAUCAAAGGUGGUGCUGGUUAUAUUGAACGUGUAUAUUUCGAAAUAACAGAGUCAAACAUUGAGCAAUGGAACAAGCCACAUAUUAAAGAAUCGAAAAAAGCGUUCUUACAUCUAGUUGUCAAUGAAACAGAUGAUAAAGAAAAAUUAGAACAAUUUAUUAAUUUCUGUGAAGAUACGAUUUUUGAAAUGCAACACGCAGUAGCUCUCAGCGGCGAAGAAGACGAUCAAGUAGCUCAAGCAAUACCAUUUUCUGAUGUUGAAACAGGUGCUGGCGGUCGUCCAACAACAUCGGAACCAAUUAAAUUAGCUUUAUCCUAUACUUGGUCCGGUAUAAAAGGUCUCUUUCAUUUACUUCAUCCAUCCACAAUACGUCGUGGCUACGAUCAAUUCCGUCAAAUGACAUUAAAAGAUAUGAUAAAAAGUCUAUUUUUAUUACUAAUCAAAUGUAUUCGCUUAUUAUUCAUAAUCAUAAUCUAUACAUUAAGUUUGCAUGUUUUUUUCAUAUUGAAAUGUUUAUUGACUAAACGCUGUUAUUAUCGAUUGACAAAAAAGUUUCAUCGAUAUAAUGAAAAUUCCAAUAACACUCAAUUGAAAUCUAAACAAAAUGAUGAUAAUCAUCAAUUAUUUAUUUCAAAACAUUCAAAGAAAUCCAGCAAUGAUGAUCGCCAUUUUUUUAAAAGAGCAAAAUCAACGAAUUUAUUUUUUAAUGCAAGAAAUUCAUCUCAACUUCAUUAUCGUUGCAGAGAUAAAUCGAGUAGUUCAGAUAUAGAUACUAAAACGAAACGAACAUUGACGUAUUGCAUUUGGAAUUUGAUGACAGGCGAAGAUCAACAAGAUGUAAAAUUAGAAAAAGUUGCACUACCACCGCCAACCAUACGACGUGAUCAUCAUUUACCUUCAAUUAGUGUUGCAAAAAUUGGAUUCAAUGCUCUAGAAGAAUCAAUACCAAUGAACGCCUUUGGCAUCGAUCUUAGUUGUGAUUCACCAGCAGACCAUAGACCAUCUUUACUUGAUGAUGAAAUAAAUUUACUCAAUUUCGAUAGUGCUCAAACGUUGGACUCUGAUCAAAAAUCACUACUUGUUAACGGAAUUGAUUCAUCAACAGGGCAAACCAUAACAUCAUCAGCCAGCACAACAGCGUACUCAACGAGAGCUCCCGCUAUAGGUCAAUCGCAAUCAGCAACAACAUUUAAUUUAUCAACAAACGGAACUGAAAAGUCGAAACAAGCACUCGAAGUUAACGCUCAAGGUGACUAUCAACAGAAAGCGCCGAUAAUCAAUCUCAGCGGAACAACAACAGAAGACGAUGAUUAUAUUCGACCUGAACCACCUCCAAGAACAGAUUACGGAAAGAAAGCUUUGGCAUUGGUAGCAAGAAAUUAUCAUCAAUUGAAAUUUAUGGCUCUUUGUCUUGCGUUUGUAAUUAAUUUUCUUAUGCUGUUCUAUAAGGCUAUGCCAUUACCGUCAGCAAAUGACGAACCAAUUCCAUUGGAUGCAAUUGAAAGUAUUGAUGACGAUGAAAACGAAGUAAUUAUGAUGGACCCGAAAAAUUACUAUAUGGUUUAUCUAUUAAAAAUAAGUGCAUUUUUACAUUCGUGCGUCGCAUUUCUGAUGAUGAUUAGUUAUUAUAAAUUAAAAGUUCCUCUGGUUAUAUUCAAACGAGAAAAAGAAAUAGCCCGUAAAUUAGAAUUUGAAGGCGCUUGGCUAAUCGAUCAGCCAAGUGAAACGAAUUCUUGGAUAUUAUCGUAUUUAUCGCGUGAAUGGCAUAAACUGGUUAUAAGUUCGCAAUCAUUUCCUGAUUCCUAUUGGGAUAAGUUUGUGAAGAAAAAAGUGCGAAAUAAAUAUUCAGAUCAAUUUGAUUAUGAUGAGCUAAGUCGAUUUUUGGGUAUGGAAAAAAAUGAUACGCCAGGAAAAUUUGAAGUUGUCAAACCAGUUGAAACUGGCCUAUGGGGAAAAAUAAAAUCUGUCGAUAUGCGAUAUCAAGUUUGGAAAUGGGGUGUUAUUUUUACGGAUAAUUCGUUUCUCUAUGUAUUCUUUUACUUCAUAUUUUCCGUUAUUGGCAAUUUUUCAUUUUUCGUCUUUGCCAUUCAUUUGCUCGAUGUUGCCAUCAGUGUUAAAGCCUUAAGUACAAUCUUAAAAUCGAUUACUCACAAUGGUCGGCAGUUGGUUCUAACCAUACUGCUAAUGGCAGUAGUUGUCUAUCUUUAUACAGUUAUUGCAUUUAAUUUCUUUCGGAAAUUUUAUACGAAAGAAGAAGACGAAGAAAAAGAAGAAAAUUGCAAAGAUAUGUUGACUUGUUUUAAAUUUCACAUGUAUUCUGGUAUUCGAGCUGGUGGCGGUAUUGGUGAUGAACUUGAAUCACCGAAUGGAGAUGCACUUGAAUUAUAUCGGAUUGUUUUUGAUAUAACAUUCUUCUUUUUCAUCAUCGUUAUCCUACUUGCCAUCAUUCAAGGUUUAAUUAUUGAUGCGUUUGGUGAUCUUCGAGAACAACUCGAUUCUGUCAAAGAAACGCUUGAAUCAAAGUGUUUUAUCUGUGGUAUUGGACAGGAUUAUUUUGAUAAAGAACCGCAUGGUUUUGAAACACACACAUCAGCCGAACAUAACUUUGCAAAUUAUAUGUUUUUCUUAACACAUCUUCUAAAUAAACCCGAUACAGAACAUACUGGACAAGAAAGUUACGUUUGGGAAAUGUAUCAAAGUCGCCGGUGGGACUUUUUUCCUGUUGGCGAUUGUUUUCGACGCCAGUAUGAACCGGGAGGCGGUGGUGCGACAUCAACAGAGAGUUAA